UCCCUUGUAUCCCAGGAGGGAAGUGCCGAGCUAUCCAUAAGACCUCACUCGACUAGGUAUCUAACUUAUACAAAGCGACAAAGCUCGGUUCAUAUAGACACCCCUCGACGCGUACGUAGCCUUUGGGACAAGUGACCAGACACCAAUAGCCAUUGGCUUGCAAUGGCUUUCGCUGGCAUCAACCUCGAGUUGGGAAACUAUGUUCAGUUUCCACGCCUCGUACUACUGAGAGAGCCUGAGAAAUCCCAGUCAACAGAAUGUGCUAUAUGCCAUGACCGUUGCCACUACCGUCCGGAAAAGAACGAAAAGGAUGAUUCCAUGGCCAUCUUACCCUGCGGCCAUGUAUUUUGCAAGGGCUGUGUUGAACAGGCCCUCGAAAGCAAACCAGCCUGUCCAAUAUGUCGUAUGCGCCUUGAGUAUAGCUCUUGCAAGCACCCCAUCAAACCCCGGAUCUUGCACGAAGAGACUGUCCUGAUGCUGCCGGAUACAGUAAGAUGUUCAGACGAGCUUCCCUCACGCUGCCACUCGUGCCUGAGAGCGGCAGCGGUGAAGCAUGCAUUCACGUUGUUCAGCGUAUAUCAAACCGAGAUUAACGCGGCUAACCGAGCAUUCCAGGAGUCGAAAUCCGAAGACGACCGGGCGAAGCUCAGUGAAGCUGACAAGAAGGCGCACAAGAUCAUUUUGUCCUCGUUUAAUCUGCGAGCUCAGUUCGACUGCCUUUUCUACACACAGCCCUUGACCAGCUUUCAGCUCGCCACCGUGUGCCUCAACGAAGGGAACCAGUCAGAGUUUGACGACCAGCACAAGGUCCAUUUCCAAGAUGGAAACCAGAGUUUCUCCCAGCAGCUGAGCGACAUGAGCAAGCGGCUGGCCCUCGGCGAGACCCGCGCCAACCUGAUACGCGAGCCCGACCUUGCGCGGUGGUACGGCGACGCGAUCAUGGUCGCCAGGGCCCUGGGGCUGUGGCACGCUGCCAUUCGCGACCGUGCCAGCCUGCCCAGGAGCGACGAGCACGGCACCAUGGUCCAGAUCAUGGAGAAACUCGACCAAGUGUACGGGAUUGCGGAACUGGACAAGAUCAAGGGGCGCAUCGAGAUCCUCACGCAACGGGCACUGACUCAGAAUGCGGCGGGCGGCAAGCCGUCUCGCGGGACCAAGAGAGUUGCUGACCAGCUACCGGAUGAUUGGGAGGGCAAAGAUGACGGUAGCGCUCCACCGGCGAGGUUUAGAAGAACAGCCGGUGGACGUAUAGCCAUUACAUCUAGCCCUCAGGGCGCUUCGUCCGAUACGGCUGGCGCGACUCCGCUGCCAGAUCAGCAGGGUAAGGACAUGGCUGGCAUCACAGCACAUGGCGUUGACGCAGCGGCACAGGAGGGGGAGGGGGAGGAGGCAGAAGACGAGCCAACACCAAAGAUCCUGAGCCGAGCUUGCAUUGAGCGUCCUUUCCCCUUCGUCAUCAACAGCCCAGCUGGGUUCCAGGAUGCCUGGAAGACCGUCCAGGUCUUGGAGAACCGCGUAAAGAGACCCGAAGGUGCUGAUGACAGAGACCUCAAUUUCAUGAAUGUUCUGGUCAGAGAGCUGUGCGAAUAUGCCAUGGAAGCCACAGAUAAGUUCAAUAUCGCGGUUUCCAUCAGGAGCAGGAACUUGCGAUAUCUUCAGUUUUGCGAGGCACCCCAGUCUGAAAUACAGAAGGCCAAGGAUGAACUGAAGGAGGUCGAAGAGCAGCAUGAGCAUGAUGGCCUAGGUUUUGGUGACGUCUCCGAGCGAGAAGGUUGCAUCAAAUCUCUAUUCAGUCUCUAUGGCAUAGCGAGGGAAGAUGUCACGGAGUCGGCUAAUUCCAAAUAAUAAGCACGAACUGAACGAUGGAUCGAAAAGUAAAACACCUUGUACUGGAUACACAGUAACAUCGGCGACGCAAUUUUUUCUUUUCUCUCUUACUGAACC